AUUGGAUUUGGCAUUUUUGUCUACCUGUUGAGUCCUUACCAAGGACCUGGGAUAGGCAGAUGUGGAUGUUUGAAUUGAUAUUUUUAUUUUUAUUAUUUAGUUUACAUGAGGGUCUCAAUUAUGGAUCCCAAUACAAAGAUGGGCACAAAGAAACUGGAGUGUGACUAGAACUCACCACCACCUGAUUUUUAGCCUGGCCCUUUAACCCAUAGACCAGGGGUAGGCAACUUUGGUUCUUUUAUGACUCGUGGACUUCAACUCCCAGAAUUCCUCAGCCAGUAUGGCUCAGCUUGGAAACCUCUCCCUUUCCCCUCAGCAUGGCUGGCUCAGGAAUUCUGGGAGUUGAAGUCCACGAGUCAUAAAAGAGCCAAGGUUGCCUAUCUCAAGGGCGAAGGGCAGGUUAGGAAGUCUGAAAGCAGACCAAGUCAAACCCCAUUCUCCGUUGUUGAAUGUGGUUGCCAGGCGAUCAACAAUCCGCCACCAGGGCUGAUCGUCAUCAGAAUUCUCUGCCCACAACUCUUGGUUCCAUAGAAGUUGUCCUUUCCUGCAUACACAAACACACACUGGAGAAAGGCUGGAAGUCAACCACCACUGGACACAACUGCUGAGCCUGACCGGUUGACCAAGCCAGGCCCUCCAGCCCGCGAUGAUGCUGGCCGCUUCCAGGCGCCAGUUGCAGCCCCAGCCGGCCCCCGAGGACCUCUCGCUGCCCGAGGCCUACCAGCUGCUGGCUGCCCUGAUGCAGUUCGUGGGGAUGGUCCUCCUCGCAGUGGCCGUCUACAUGCAGCACUGGAUCUGGCUGGAGCCCCAGGAGUUCACGGUCGGCCCCUGGCCCCUGGUCUUCUACACCUUCGGGAUCCCCUACAAGAUAGCCACCUCCAGGAACGCCUCAGAUGCGGAGUAUUUGUAUUUUUUCCCGAAGGACCACCAUGCGAUCAAGCAAGCCAUGAUCACGCUUUGCUUUCUGAACCUGUGCUUUGGCGUCCUGGCCUUCCUCCUGGAUUACGUGCGAUUCCCGAUGCUGGAGAAGUAUCGGAUGAGAUUGGUCCCUGCCCUGCACAUUUUCUCAGGGAUGUGCACCAUGGUCCUGGUAGUGAUGUGCCUUUGGUGCUUUGAGAAGAUUCGUCGACGGUUCGUGGAACCCAAGUGGUGGAAAUACGCCAUGGAGAUUUACUACGGGGAGAGCUUCUACAUUGGCUUGCUGGUUCUCGCCUUUGGGGCCUGGGCUGCCCUCUUCAUCCUGGGUGCCCUCAGGCUGGGCUCCAGAGAGACGCCGCCCAGCAAAGCAAUAGGAGAGCCCGGUGGGCCGGUGCGGCUGUCCUGGUGAGCCAGGAGGAAACCCUCGGACCCAAAUCCAGCCUGCCAUUUUGUGGUUCCAUCCUUCCCUCCUUUUCCUCCUCCCUCCCUAUUCCCUUCUUCCUCCCUCCCUCCCUGCCUCAUUCCUCCCUCUCUCCUUAUUUCCUCCGUUCCC